UUGUGUGUGUGUGUGCAGAUGUUUGUGGAUUCUUCUGUGGGAUCAGAGGGCACGCCUAUUGUAAUCAGAAAACUCCAAGUAUAGCAGCAGAGAUGGAUGAACAGGCUCUUUUAGGGCUAAAUCCAAAUGCUGAUUCAGACUUCAGGCAAAGGGCCCUGGCCUAUUUUGAGCAGUUAAAGAUUUCCCCAGAUGCCUGGCAAGUGUGUGCAGAAGCUCUGGCCCAGAGGACGUACAGUGAUGAUCACAUUAAAUUUUUCUGCUUUCAAGUACUAGAACAUCAAGUUAAAUACAAAUAUUCAGAACUAACUACUGUUCAACAACAACUGAUUAGGGAGACACUCAUAUCUUGGCUUCAAGCUCAGAUGCUGAAUCCCCAACCAGAGAAGACCUUUAUACGAAAUAAAGCAGCCCAAGUCUUCGCCUUGCUUUUUGUUACAGAAUAUCUCACUAAAUGGCCCAAGUUUUUUUUUGACAUUCUCUCAGUAGUGGACCUAAAUCCAAGGGGAGUAGAUCUGUACCUCCGAAUUCUCAUGGCUAUUGAUUCAGAGUUGGUGGAUCGUGAUGUGGUGCAUACAUCAGAGGAGGCUCGUAGGAAUACUCUCAUAAAAGAUACCAUGAGGGAACAGUGCAUUCCAAACUUGGUGGAAUCAUGGUACCAAAUCCUACAAAACUAUCAGUAUACUAAUUCAGAAGUAACAUGUCAGUGCCUUGAAGUAGUUGGGGCUUAUGUCUCUUGGAUAGACUUAUCCCUUAUAGCCAAUGAUAGGUUUAUAAAUAUGCUGCUAGGUCAUAUGUCAAUAGAAGUUCUACGGGAAGAAGCAUGUGAUUGUUUAUUUGAAAUUGUAAAUAAAGGAAUGGAUCCUGUUGAUAAAAUGAAACUAGUAGAAUCUUUGUGUCGAGUAUUACAGUCUGCUGGGUUUUUCAGCAUUGACCAGGAAGAAGAUGUUGACUUCCUGGCCAGAUUUUCUAAACUGGUAAAUGGAAUGGGACAGUCAUUGAUAGUUAGCUGGACUAAAUUAAUUAAGAAUGGGGAUAUCAAGAAUGCUCAAGAGGCACUACAAGCUAUUGAAACAAAGGUGGCACUGAUGUUGCAGCUCCUAGUUCAUGAGGAUGAUGACAUCUCUUCUAACAUUAUUGGAUUUUGUUAUGAUUAUCUUCAUAUUUUGAAACAGCUUACAGUGCUCUCUGAUCAGCAAAAAGCUAAUGUAGAGGCAAUCAUGUUGGCCGUUAUGAAAAAAUUAACCUAUGAUGAAGAAUAUAACUUUGAAAAUGAGGGUGAAGACGAAGCCAUGUUUGUAGAAUACAGAAAACAACUGAAGUUAUUGUUGGACAGGCUUGCUCAAGUUUCACCCGAGUUACUGCUGGCUUCUGUUCGCAGAGUUUUUAGUUCUACCCUGCAGAAUUGGCAGACUACAAGGUUUAUGGAAGUUGAAGUGGCAAUAAGAUUGCUGUAUAUGUUGGCAGAAGCUCUUCCAGUAUCUCAUGGUGCUCACUUCUCAGGUGAUGUUUCAAAAGCUAGUGCUUUGCAGGAUAUGAUGCGAACUUUGGUAACAUCAGGAGUUAGUUCCUACCAGCACACAUCUGUGACAUUGGAGUUCUUCGAAACUGUUGUUAGAUAUGAAAAGUUUUUCACAGUUGAACCUCAACACAUUCCAUGUGUACUAAUGGCUUUCUUAGAUCACAGGGGUCUGCGGCACUCUAGUGCAAAAGUACGGAGCAGAACUGCUUACCUGUUUUCUAGAUUUGUCAAAUCUCUGAAUAAACAAAUGAAUCCUUUCAUUGAGGAUAUUCUGAAUAGAAUACAAGAUUUAUUAGAACUUUCUCCACCUGAGAAUGGUUACCAGUCUUUGUUGAGCAGCGAUGAUCAAUUGUUUAUUUAUGAGACAGCUGGAGUGCUGAUUGUUAAUAGCGAGUACCCAGCAGAACGGAAGCAGGCAUUAAUGAGGAAUCUGUUGACUCCACUCAUGGAGAAGUUUAAAAUUCUGUUAGAAAAAUUGAUGCUGGCGCAGGACGAAGAAAGGCAGGCAUCUCUUGCAGACUGUCUCAACCACGCUGUUGGAUUUGCCAGUCGAACCAGCAAAGCUUUCAGCAACAAGCAGACUGUGAAACAGUGUGGCUGUUCCGAAGUUUAUCUGGACUGUUUACAGACGUUCUUGCCAGCCCUCAGUUGUCCCUUACAAAAGGAUAUUCUCAGAAGUGGGGUUCGCACGUUCCUUCAUCGCAUGAUUAUUUGCCUGGAGGAAGAAGUCCUUCCGUUCAUUCCAUCUGCUUCAGAACACAUGCUCAAAGAUUGUGAAGCAAAAGACCUCCAGGAAUUCAUUCCUCUUAUCAACCAGAUUACAGCCAAAUUUAAGAUACAGGUAUCCCCAUUUUUACAACAAAUGUUUAUGCCUCUUCUUCAUGCAAUUUUUGAAGUUUUGCUCCGACCAGCAGAAGAAAACGACCAGUCUGCUGCUUUAGAGAAGCAGAUGUUGCGCAGGAGUUACUUUGCUUUCCUGCAAACAGUCACAGGCAGUGGAAUGAGCGAAGUCAUAGCAAAUCAAGGUGCAGAGAAUGUAGAACGAGUGUUGGUAACUGUUAUUCAAGGAGCAGUCGAAUAUCCAGAUCCAAUUGCCCAGAAAACGUGUUUUAUCAUCCUUUCCAAGUUGGUAGAACUCUGGGGAGGUAAAGACGGACCAGUGGGAUUUGCUGAUUUUGUUUAUAAGCACAUUGUUCCCGCAUGUUUCUUAGCACCUUUAAAACAAACCUUUGACCUGGCAGAUGCACAAACAGUAUUGGCUUUAUCUGAGUGUGCAGUGACGCUGAAAACAAUUCAUCUCAAACGGACCUUGAAACAAAUGUACAUUCAUCGGGCUGACCAGGAGGAGCUGGCACUCUGGGCAAAGUUAUGCGGUGGGUGUAUGAAGACAGAUCAGAUGUCACAUGGUAGACUUGGUAGAAAAUAGUGUUAUCCCGUUUAGCUAAAGCAUGGAGGUAGAAUAGCUAAAAACCAAAACGGAACUAGGUGUGUGUUACAUGUGAAAAGUUGGUAAGUCAGUAGUCAGUGGGGUUGAAUUUAGGAGAGCUAAGUGGAAAAAAUGUUCACAGGGCACUUUGAUAUACGGGUCUAGAGCAGUUAGAACUAAAUACUGAUUUUGGAGUCCUCAGGUUGUAGUUUGCUAAGAUGAAGUAGUAGGAAUGAAUGAGACUUUCUAAGACCAGGAUAGAAAGAACUUUGGCUAAAGCAAGAGUCAAGAGAAAGCUAGAAGUAGAACCAAAGGAAUGAAAGUUAAGGGAAGAGAGUCAUGAAAGAGGAGACUAGUUGACAUUGUUGGAUGCUAGAGAGUCAAGGAGGAUGAGGAAUAACAAACAGUAAGAAUGAUGUUUACAAUGCAGAAGUAUUUAUCUUGUCCUUAGAGCUGUUAUUUAGAUACACAGAGAAUUGAAUCAAAUGGAACAUAUUAGAAAACGUUUUGCUUCCUUGUUCUGUUUUCUCAUUUAUCUACCUGACUGACUUUCUCUUGAGGUUUACGUUUACUUUUCCUCAUUAAAAAAAAAAGUAUACUCCAUUUUUAAGUGGUAACAGUGGGGUUAUAUGCAAUGAUGAGCAGUGAGUGGGCAGUAAGUAUAGGGAGAGUAGACUAAAGGAAAAGGUGAGAUAUUAAUGCAGGGGGAAGUACAUUGAGGAGAGUUGGAUUGAUUUCAUUUUGAUAACUGUUACUUUCAUUUGGACUAGAUUGGAGUCAUUAACAUAUUAAAGCCUUUAAGUCAGAUUCAAGUUUGAAAGUGAAAUAGCUGGGUUUUUUGUUUUUCUUUUUUUUUUUUUUUUAAGUAUUGGAUUUAUUGCAUUUGGUCGAGGCCACCGUCUCAGAAACAAAUUGCUAUAGGAAAACCGUUUUCAAAUUGUAUCUUAAGUUCCUUUGUAGCUGUUGAGAAGGUGUAGGGCUUAGGGGUUAGUUUGUGGAAUUCUCCCUUCCCUCUACCAAGUUUACCCUUAAAAACCCACAAAACUAUUAGAGUUUUAGCAUCUAGCAGUACCAGCAGUUGGCAAUGAAGAGCAAUGGUUUUAGAAGUCAGGUGACCUGCUUUUUACUUAGUACAGACUUAAUUAACAGCAAAUUAGCCAAAUCACCCUAUCUUUCUGGGUAUUGGUUUCCUUACCUGGCUACUAAAUUCCUGUUUCCUAGUUUAUUGAACUGGAAGGGAGAGGGGGUGUACUUUUAUUGCUGUUAUCUCCCGACAUAGCAUUUUGUUCUUUCUUGCUUGUAUUUUAGUUUCUAAAGAUGUUCAUUAUCCUGGCACUACCCACAGGCUUCCCCUUGCACACCCAUAGACACCCUAUAGUCCACCCAAUGGUAGAUUGAACCAGAAGCCCCUCUCUUUGCUUUCUCCUUUCAGUGCAUGGAACCAGGCUUUGGCGUUGUGACUUCCUGCAUUUAGAAGAGUAUUUGUUUAAUCUUUAGCACUGCAUAACUAGCACUAAGUAAUGUGAACGUGUCCUCAGUGCUAAGUGCUAUUCUAACAGCUUUACGUUUCUUAACUCAUCCAAGCCUCACAAUAACUCCAUUUUUCAGGUGGGGAAACUGAGGCUCAGAGAGGUUACAUAACUUGCACAGGUUACUAGAAAUUUGCCAGAGCCAGGAUUCAAACCAAAGCAAUCUGGCUCCCGAGUCUGUGUUCUUAAUCACAAUACCAUUUUGUGUUUAAAGUAUA